AUGCGGAAAUUUAUAAAUGAUGUUCGGCAAACGGUGCGGGACCCAUCAUCGCAGCAUCCUAUCAACCAACUAUCAAACCGAUUACACCCAAAGUCAGGCUCGGGCCUAGCUGCGGAAUCAGCACAGCGAGCCUUCUCCUACUUCUAUUCGUCUCAAAAUGGUCAAUUCCAAGCUCGAGUCAAGUCUGAAAGUACACUAGGUGCUAAUGACCAUUUCGGUUAUGUGGUUUGGCCAGUGGUGAUUAUGGUUCAAUGCGUCGCAGAAUGUCUGUCUUCUCAUGAAGUCAAAAAGGCAACAACUGCACUGCAGGCAUACUGGAACCCAGAAAAGCAUGGCUUCUGCGCGUGGAAGAUGUUUCCAGGGAACAACGACAUCUACUACGACGAUAACGCCCAUGCAGCUCAGAGUUUGGUCACUGCAUUUGAAGCUACGGGCGACAAGAAGCAUAUGGAGCAAGCAAAGCAAAUAUUAUUCGACCUGAUCAUGCCCUCAGCGCAAAAGGAUGGAGGGGUGCCUUGGCAUACCAACAAUCAAAACUUUCGAAAUGCUUGCUCGACGGGGCCAGCUGCGGUUGCGGCGCUGCGAAUUUGUGCAAUUGAGCAUAACCCACAACUAUAUGCUUUUGGGGAGCGGGCUUUGCAAUUUCUUGUUGAAAAGUUGAGAGACCCUGAGGAUGGAUUGAUCUGGGAUAGUUUGGGGUAUGGAGAGAACGGCUCAGUCAACGUCAAUAAGAUGAAAUGGACAUACAACACUGGAUUCGCAAUACACGGCUUCGCUUUACUACAUGGGCUGAGCAAGAACCCGGAUCAUCUCAAGACAGCUGUUGAUUUCGCAGAGGCAGCAAUGAAUCGGGAAGGACCAUUGGUCGAUCGAUCAAUUCCCAACCUAAACGACCGGAUGUAUCGUGAUGGCUCACAAUUCCUUCAUCAUUUAAUAGAUGGCUACGCUGCUUUAUCGCGGUACGCGUUGAGGGAGCGUCUUGUGGACGAAAUACAUAGAGUGGCAGCAUUUGGACGUGAAUUUAUGUUGGACGCAUCCGACGGGCUUUUCUAUCGCGGUACCUGCCCCUACACCAUUUCCGACGACACUCGACAAAGGUUCAACUCGAAAUUUGGAACGGAUAAAGGUCUCGAGAAGAAUGGCCAGGAACGGGACGAGCAGGGGAAUCUAUGUAAAACAAUGAUCGGAAGCGCGGGUUGGGUAAGGAUAUUGCAUCUUGCGCAGGAGGUCUAUUCGUCGUAA